AUGUCCGCGCUGCGUCGGGUGCGCAAAUACUUUAUAUCCUCGCAGGUCUACGAGGCACUGCGCCCUUUGUUUUUCCUAACGUUUCUCUACGGACUGACGCCUUUCCACGUGGUCAGGCGGAAAAUGGGAGAAUCCUACUUGAAGAUGUCUUUCUUCGGCAUUUUCAACAUCUUUAUUUACAUCUGUUUGUGUGGUUUCUGCUAUAUAUCCUCCUUGCGGCAGGGAGAAUCCAUUGUGGGUUACUUUUUCCGCACUGAGAUCUCAACUAUUGGAGAUCGCCUGCAGAUCUUCAAUGGAUUGAUUGCAGGAGCUGUUAUCUAUACCUCGGCAAUCCUGAAACGCUGCAAGCUGUUGGGAACUUUAACCAUCCUUCACAGCCUGGAUACGAACUUCUCGAAUAUUGGAAUACGCGUAAAGUACUCGAGGAUUUUUCGAUACUCCCUGCUGGUUUUGAUCUUCAAGCUUUUGAUCCUGGGAGUUUAUUUCGUGGGAGUUUUCCGGCUGCUCGUCUCACUGGAUGUCACUCCAUCGUUCUGCGUCUGCAUGACGUUUUUCCUGCAACAUUCGGUCGUUUCCAUUGCGAUUUGUUUGUUCUGCGUGAUUGCCUUCAGUUUCGAGCGGCGCCUUAGUAUCAUCAAUCAGUUACAACCUGCUCAAGCUGCCACAUAG